UUAUGAUGCCACUAGCUACAUUUUUCGGCCUGGGUGGUUCUGUUUGCCCUCUCCCUCCGCAGGCAUGCUCCGAAGGGCGGAGAGGGACUGCAUUUCGCAGGAAGAGAGCGCGCGGCUCUGAGCCAGCCCCUGCCUGCAGGAGCCGCACGGGGAAGGUGAGCCGCGCCGGCAGAGCUGGGACUUGCCAUGGCCCAGCCUGCAAAGGGGGAAGAGAGCGGCCGGACCGACGCUUAGCAGCAAGGGGGCGUGAACGGCGAGGGAGGUCCCAGGCGCCAGCAGAACUUUGCAGCCGGGCUCCCCGGCGCGGAGGAGAAGCAAACCCCGGGCUGCUCCCUCCCUUCUCCUUUUUUGGGAAGGGAGAAAAAACCGCGCGGCUGUUUGCUCAGGAGCAACUCCCCCCCCCCCUGUGGCUUCUGCCCGCAGCCCUGAAUGUCCCAUUGUCCCGGGAGCCUGGCCCCCCCUCGGUGAUGUUGGAAAACCCUCGCCCUUUGCUCCGCAGAGUCGCUGGCGCGCUGGUGCAGGGGGCUUCCUGGAGGAAGAGGGAACCCGUGCGCAGCCCCUCGCAACUUCUCCUCCUUUUGUUCCGCAGGAGGAAACUUUCUCCCCCGCGCGGGGCGGCGGCAGAGAAGACGCGGGCAAAGGAGGCGGCGGGGCGAGCCCCCUCGGCCUGGGCUCCCCGCAGCCGGACCCCAGCUGCGGCCCGGGGGCCCCGGACACCGCCCGCGAUGCGCCCGGCCCCGCUGCGCGCCUGGAAGGCAGCGGCUGCUCCCUGCCCGGGGGGAUGUUAGCCCCGAGCCCCAUUGCCCCGGGAGCUCCGACUCGGGGGCGCUUUGGGGGGCGCUGGAGCGAGCUGGACUUUGCUUCGUCGGGUUUGUUUUUUGCAUCCUUUGGAAAGCUGAGCUCGGGGCCCCCCCUGGGCUGAGCCGGCCCCGGGGAGGGGCAUGGCGUGCGGCGGGGGGAGCGGCGCCAGCCCGGGGGCCGCCAGCCCGGCACCGCUCUGGUACCACCGGGACCUGAGCCGAGCGGCGGCGGAGGAGCUGCUGGCCAGAGCCGGGCGAGACGGCAGCUUCUUGGUGCGGGACAGCGAGAGCGUCUCGGGCGCCUACGCCCUCUGCGUGCUGUUCCAGAAGCACGUCCACACCUACCGGAUCCUGCCAGAUGAGGAUGACUUCCUAGCGGUGCAGACGUCGCAGGGAGUCCAGGUGAGGCGCUUCAAGACCCUGAACGAGCUGAUCGCACUCUACCUGCAGUCCAACCAGGGCCUGGUCUGCACCCUGCUCUUCGCCGUCGAGCGGGAGAAGGAGAAUGCCGAGGACAGAGACUACUCGGAUGGGGAGGAUGAAAAGCCCCCGUUACCGCCACGCUCCGGCUCCACCAGCUUCUCCCCCGCCAGCCUCGGACCAGCCACGCAGGACGGGGUCAUCGAGAGUGCCACCAAUGGCCUCAGCACGGUCUCCCACGAGUACCUGAAGGGCAGCUACACCCUGGACCUGGAGGCUGUCAAAGCCGGGGCCAGCAGUCUGCCCCAUCUCAACAAGACCCUGGUCACCUCCUGCAAAAGGCUACACAGCGAGGUGGACAAGGUCCUGUCCGGGCUGGAGAUCCUCUCCAAGGUGUUCGACCAGCAGAGUUCGCCUGUGGUCUCCCGGAUCCUCCAGCAGACCGCUGGCCAGACAGGAGAGCAGGAGCUGGAGAACCUCGUGCUGAAGCUGUCUGUCCUGAAGGACUUCCUGUCCAGCAUCGAGAAGAAGGCUCUGAAAGCUCUCCAGGACAUGAGCUCCACGGCCCAGUCUAUCCUGGCCCAGCCCUCCUCCCGCAAAGCCAAGAGCAUCCCCGUGCAAGCGUUCGAGGUGAAGCUGGACGUCACCUUGGGGGACCUCACCAAGAUUGGCAAGUCGCAGAAGUUCACGUUGAGUGUGGACGUGGAGGGCGGGAAGCUGGUGGUGCUGAAGAAGCAGAAGGACUCCCAGGAGGACUGGAACACGUUCACCCACGACAAGAUCCGACAGCUGAUCAAGUCCCAGCGGGUGCAGAAUAAACUGGGGAUCGUCUUCGAGAAGGAGAAGGAUAAAACUCAGCGGAAAGAUUUUGUCUUCGUCAGUGCCAGGAAGCGGGAGGCGUUCUGCCAGCUGCUGCAGCUGAUGAAAAACAAACAUUCCAAGCAGGACGAGCCCGACAUGAUCUCCGUCUUCAUCGGCACGUGGAACAUGGGAAGCGUGCCUCCCCCCAAGAGCAUCACGUCCUGGUUUACGUCGAAGGGCCUGGGGAAGACGCUGGAUGAGAUGACGGUCACCAUCCCCCAUGACAUCUACGUCUUUGGCACCCAGGAGAACUCGAUGGGGGACAAGGAGUGGGUCGACUUCCUCCGGAGCGUGCUGAAGGAGUUCACGGAGAUCGAGUACCGCCCGAUCGCGAUGCAGGCCUUGUGGAACAUUAAGAUUGCCGUCCUGGUGAAACCGGAGCACGAGAACCGCAUCAGCCACAUCAGCACCUCGAGCGUGAAGACCGGGAUCGCCAACACGCUGGGCAAUAAAGGGGCCGUGGGAGUCUCCUUCAUGUUUAAUGGCACCUCUUUCGGCUUUGUGAAUUGCCAUCUGACCUCAGGCAACGAGAAGACGGCCAGGCGGAACCAGAACUACCUGGACAUCCUGCGCUUGCUGUCCCUGGGCGACAAGCAGCUCAGCUCCUUCGACAUCUCGCUCCGCUUCACCCAUCUCUUCUGGUUCGGGGACCUCAACUACCGCCUGGACAUGGACAUCCAGGAGAUCCUCAACUACAUCAACCGCAAGGAGUUCGAGCCGCUGCUCAAGGUGGAUCAGCUCAACCUGGAGAAGGAGAAGCACAAGGUCUUCCUGCGAUUCGGCGAGGAGGAGAUCACCUUCCCCCCGACCUACCGCUACGAGCGAGGCUCCCGCGACACCUACGUGUGGCACAAGCAGAAGCCCACUGGGGUCCGCACCAACGUCCCCUCCUGGUGUGACCGCAUCCUGUGGAAGUCGUACCCCGAGACCCACAUCAACUGCAACUCCUACGGAUGCACUGACGACAUCACGACCAGCGACCACUCCCCUGUCUUCGGAGCCUUCGAAGUCGGAGUGACAUCCCAGUUUGUCUCCAAGAAAGGGCUCUCCAAGGUCUCAGACCAGGCCUACAUUGAGUUUGAGAGCAUCGAAGCUAUCGUGAAGACGGCCAGCCGGACCAAGUUCUUUAUCGAGUUCUACUCCACCUGCCUGGAAGAGUUCAAGAAGAGCUCUGAGAACGACAUGCAGAGCAGUGACAACAUCAACUUCCUGAAAGUUCAGUGGUCCUCGAGGCAGCUGCCCACGCUGAAGCCGAUUCUGUCCGAGAUCGAGUAUCUCCAGGACCAGCACCUGCUGCUCACGGUCAAGUCCGUCGAUGGCUACGAAUCCUACGGCGAGUGCGUGAUCGCCCUGAAGUCCAUGAUCGGCAGCACCACCCAGCAGUUCCUCACCUACCUGUCCCACCGUGGGGAGGAGACGGGCAACAUCCGUGGCUCCAUGAAGGUCCGGGUCCCGGCCGAGCGGAUGAGCACCCGGGAGAGGCUCUACGAGUGGAUCAGCAUCGACAAGGAUGAAACAGGAGCUGCCAAGGGGAAGCUGCCGCCGGUCUCCCGGGCCAGCCAGGAGCACGCCAAAUCCGCUGGACGGAAGCCCCUGCCAGGGGAGACGGCAGCCUGCCCCCUCGGGAAGCUGUUUGACGAGCCGGAGAAGCCCAGCGCCCUGACUGCCAGCCGCCUGCCAGCCCCGCUCCGCGGCACCUCCAGGGAGGAGACCUCUCAGACCAGGUCCAAGCAGGACUCGGCCUCGGAGCCCGACGGCGGCCCCACGAAGAACAGCUUCAAUAACCCGGCCUACUACGUGCUGGAGGGGGUCCCACAUCAGCUGCUGGCCGCGGACCCCCCCACCCCCUCCAAGGGGCUGGCCCCCAAGAACAAAGUGCAGAUCACGGUGCCCGUGCAGCCGGAGUGGCGCCGCCAGCCGCUCCCGGGCCGGGGCGAGGAGAGCUCCUCGGACGAGGACACGGGCACCCUCAACCUGCCGCCCCCCGACUUCCCUCCCCCGCCCCUGCCCAAGGCCGUGGAGUUUGAGGUGGCCGAAAACCCUCUCUACGCCAGCGCCAAGGACCUGGGUGGGGCAGCUGGCAGGGAGGAACCCGGCACCGCCAAGCCAUGGGCUUCCGUGGCCUUCAGCGACCCCUUGGAGUCCAAGCUGGCCCCGCCAAAGCUACACCCCAGGCCUCCCCUCCCCCCUGGACCUGGCUUCCUGGUGGAGCCCCCCAGCGCCUCCCAGGCGCAGGGAGGCCUCCUGGACGAUCGCUCCUGCUCGGUGCUGCAGAUGGCCAAGACCCUGAGCGAGGUGGAUUAUCCGGGCAGCAAAGGGGGCAGCGGCCUGGGGCGGGAGCAGCAGGGCCGGCCGGCCCCACAUCUGCUCAGCAAGGGACGGCUGGACCUGCCCCCCAGGUGCAUGCACCCCGACUACAGCCGGCCCAUCACCUUCCCACCCCGCUCCAUCCGGGAGAGCAUCGAGGAGGACCUGGCUGAGGAGGCGCUGGGCCAGGGAGGGAGGAGCAGCUCCAGCCUGAGCGAGUGCAGCGUGGGCGAGUGGCUCCUGGCCCUCGGGCUGGAGAGGUAUGAGGAGGGGCUGAUCCACAACGGCUGGGACGACCUGGAGUUCCUCAGUGACAUCACCGACGAGGACCUGGAGGAGGCCGGCGUGCUGGAUCCCAAUCACAAGCGCCUCCUGCUGGAGAACCUGCUGAAGCUCAGAAAGUAGCAGGAAUUUGCGCCUCCCACGCCAGGGCCCGGGCCUGCCACUCCUGUUCGCAUCCCCCGGCCCCCUCCUACGUCAGGAUCUCGGGGGCUUUCACUGUGCCUACGCCCCCCUCCCCCUGGUGGGGAGGGAGGGGACUCCAGGCAGCCGCGGGCUGCAUCCCCAUGGGGGGGCAGGGGCAGCGCGUGGGACACUGGCUUAGUGCUGCGUCUGCAGGGGGGCACCCCAGAGAUGGGGCUGUGGGCGCGGAGUGGGGAGGAGCCGCCCCACGGCAACCCAGAUCCUACCUGUCCUCGCCUCCCAUGGCUUCCUGGAGGAAUCGGGCCUGAGCCAACCCAGAGCAAGGGGGCGAUGGGUGGGAGGGGGGCAGAGAGCCGCACGUGGGCUGAGCAGUCCCAUAGCUGGGGGUUGGAAGUGGCCAAGGCCUCACUGCAGAAGGCCUGGGAGCAGGGCGCUCUGCUGCCUAAGUUAUUGCGUAUUUAUUGAACGAGGGGAAGAAGGUUUGUCUUGUUUGUUUCAUGGCCAGGCAGCCUGGGCUUGCUCCGGUUUAGGCCUCUCCUCCUCCUUUGCACGGACUUUCCCCUUCAGCCAAGCCUGGCCCUCUCCUGCAUCCCGCGGGCUUGCAGUGCUGUGGGCAGGACCUCUCCCUCUUCCCCUGGGUUACAGCGCUCCGGUCACCAGGGAGCGGAGACGAGCAACCAGGCUGAGCAAGGGGCUGGAGCGAUCUAUUGAGGGGAGCCCGCGAGCUGCUUAAGUGGGGACACGAGCCUGCAUCCGCCAGAGGGGGGGAAUCGCUGACUCGGAUUCGGAGCCUAGAAUUAACCUGGGACGCUUGGCCCGGAGCCGAGGAGGAAUUCCUUGCCAGUGCGCUGGAUCUAGAUGUUGCUUCUUUCCCCAUUGGGGUCAUGAGAAAACAGCCGCCCCCUGUCUCCCGCCAGGCGCCUCGGCCUCCUGGGUUACGUCCCAGCCAUGUGGUUAGCCAGGGACUAACAUCUGGAUCUGCAUCCAGAACCGUCUCUCCGCCCAGUGCCUCUGACCCAGCAAAGAAUUGGAGCAGGCAGGGGUGUCGAGGGUCAGCGGGGGAGUCAAGUAUCAGAGGGGGAGCCGUGUUAGUCUGAAUCUGUAAAAAGCAACAGAGGGUCCUGUGGCACCUUUGAGACUAACAGAAGUAUUGGGGGAGUAAAGACCAUCUCAGCCCUUCUCAUUGACUGUGGGAGCCCAUGGCGGGGGCAAUGGUCCCGCCACUCACUCCUGAGUCCUCCGUCCUCCUCUGGCCCCCAUAUCUCCUCUCCUCCCCGGCUGUAGCAUAGUUACCCAUAGUAUCCUGCUAAAGCCCUCCCAGUGUAGACAGGGCCGACGGGCCAUGCCCAGGGUCACAGGGGAAGUCUGUGGUGGAGCAGGAAUUAAACCCACGUCGCCCCCGGCCCAGGCAAGUGUGCAACCCGCUGGCCAAUCUUCCCUGGCAUCGUUCCUGCCAGCUCAGCCCUGCCCAUCAGGCGUCCAGCCAGGGUCCAUGCACUGCUGCCCUAUCUUCUAGCUGCUCCUCACUGGGCAUGGAGACCCAAGGGUCCUGCCUUCAUCUGUGCCCGCCGUCCAUGAGAGCAGGGGGCAGCAUUUGUACCUGGCGCUUUAUUCCCCCCCUCGGGUCGGAGAUGUCUAGGGGCACAGCCCGUGGACCUUCGUGCUGCAGUGAGCGAGGGGGCCUUUCCCAGGGAAGCGUGGGAGAACCCGCCAGUCCUUUGGGCCCACGGGGGGAAUUGUCAGAGGACUGCCAGCUCUGGAGAGUGGCGCUCGCCUGCGUCCACACUGCAGAGGGGUCAGGUGAGCAGCUGCUGCGUUCAGCUCACUCGAGCUGUAGCUUGUACCCCCGGCGGGCCAGCCCAUGUGUGGGAGCGGGACUCAAGCUAGGGGCAACACCCGAGUUACAACAUGAGUUCCCUCUGGAGCGAAGACAAGCCCCGAGUUCGCGUUCUCGCUGCCUGCCUGCACCGCGUUAGUUAGUUAGACACUGGAGCAGCGAGCUCAGAUGCCCGCGAAGGCUACAGCCCUGCCCACGUGCUGCUGGCUGGAGAGCAAGUCCUUCCACUGGCAUCAGUCUGAGCUGCCAGCAGAGAGUGGGAGGACGCGGCAGCUGAGACAGGCUACAGCAGAGUUGCACCCGCUGAACUGAAAGUGUUAUUUCAAACCGGUUUAAUUGAACCAGAGCAAAACAUAGCGUCAACGCCCUUAAUCCAAAUUAAACUUGGUUUAUAUCCAUGUAGGUUAGCGACGCAAGGCCCCGCCAGCCCCACCCCUCGCCCACUGGUGCUAACCCCGUCUCCAUUAGCUCGUAGCAAUGGCAGGCUGCUAAUCUGGACCAGCCGCCCGCCGGAGACCCAAAGGCAUUGAGCAAGCGUGUGGUGUUAACGCCCGUCUCCUCUAACUUCUCUGGAGCCAGCUGCGCAUGGGGUCGAUCCCGCAGUCGAAGGUCUGUGGCGCAGGGGACCCAUACAAAGCUCCCUCGCUUUGUGGCGAGUUUGAAUCCAGCCUGAGGCCGCGGCGGUGGCCAGGAGCUGUUGCUGGAUGAGGUUAGUUCCAGCAGCCUGGGCUGCGGCCAACUCUCCAGGUAGGGUGAGCGCCUUUCAUCCCCUUGCCGGCGGUCUCUGGGGGAAAGCCGUGGGCUGCCUCCUUGACUUUCUCUAGGCCCCUUUCCCUGUUAGCCAUCAGGAAUAUCCCAGGGGGUGCGCUGAGUGGCACAGGGCGAGAUCAAGCCUUAAGGACGGGCGAAAGGCCAGAGCACAUCCAGGACUAAUGUGACUGGCUUUGUUCACAGUUCAGUUUUAAGCACAGUUCUCAUUUCAAGAUACCAGCUGCCAAGGGGAGCGGCCCUGGCUGUGCCAGCCCCUUAGGCUGGUGCUGAGGGCAGGUCCCUGCUCACUGAUUUCCCUUUCCGACCAAAGGGUUAGUCACUGUGAUUUGGUUCCAGUGAGGACCUGCCUGUCAGUGAAACAUGGCUGGCUGCUGUCCCUGUGUUAGUACAGCUGUCUCUGGGCUAGGAUGGACUGGAACCUUGUUCUGAGCGACUGGUUUGUGGACAUGGGGCGAGGAGUCAGGAGCCCUGGCUUCUGUUCCCAGCUCUGAUGCUGACUUGCUUCCCUGGCCCUUUGGCCCACUCAUUUCACCGUUCUGUGCCUCAGUUUCCCCAUCUGUAAAAUGGAGGCAGUGAUGCUCAUCUGCUUUUCUGGAGCCAUACAGAGGUGAGCUCGCAUGGACCGGGAGACGUAGCCAACCCUUGUAGGACUCUGCUAGAUCAUUGGAGCCUUUGCCCAUCCCAAGGAGAAUCUCCGAUGGUGAUUAGUGGCUCUCACAGAGAAAUGAAGGACGUGUUUGGUUUCCAAUGCGGUUUAGCUAUCAGGCGCGGGGAGGAGCCGGUGCCCGUGAGGCCUGGCAGGCUCUCUGCACCCCACCUUGUCUCUUAGUUAGUGAGGCGUUUGGUGUGACUUUAAUCCUACUAAACUACCGUCGUGUUGUGUUUUUUGUUGUGGUUGAAAUCACGAGCUAUUUUUUUAAUGUUUAAUUUAAUUGUUAUUUGAAACUCUCUUCUUAUGCUUAAUAUUAUUUCUCGGGGGAGGCGGGAGACGGGAAUUUUAAGCGUUAGGAUCUGAAGACUUUGCGAGAUGUUCGCUUUUUAUGUCCAGGAGUAUCACAUUCUGAAGUAAUAAAAGGGCUUGUUUGCUUAGAAA